UGUGACAUUGGGGGGGUCUCUCUGGGGUCACCUUAUACUCCUUUUUCCAAGAAACAAUAAGAAAAUAGAUCAAAUUUUCUCCAUGUUCACCAGUUUUUCUCUCACUUUCUUUCCAUAUUUUCCAGCCUCCAACAGUUCCUUCCAGGUCCAUCCACAUUCGGCCAACGACCAAACUUAACCUCCACCAAACAAGACCCGCUAUUCCUCUCUCUCUCUCUUCCCCACCACAAUGAAUUCCCGAAACCCUUCGCGGAUCUUCUCUCAUCUCUCCCUAACGCCAUUUCCUCUUCUCCUUAUUCUCUUCCGAAUCUCCUCGGCUGACGAUGGCAACUCGCUCUACAACAGCUGCAACGCCACUUUCAGCUGCGGCUUCAUUGAAGGAGUGGGGUAUCCUUUCCGCGGUUACGAUGCACUGGACAACUGCGGCUAUCCCGGAUUAGCCCUCAAAUGCCAGAAGAAUAUACCCACCAUCCAGUUCAUGAAUCUCACUUACCGCCUCAUGGAACUCAACUCCGCCAACCAGACCAUGCAGAUUGCUCGAGAGGACGCCAUGAAUGCUGCUUGUCCGCGGGAUUUAGUUAACACGACCCUGGAUAACUCGCUAUUCGAGUAUAGUCCGGGAUAUGUUAACCUCACUUUUCUCUACGAUUGUCCGGCGUCGUCAAUCCCCAAACUCAGUCAAGUUUGGGGAUUUUGUCCUUCUUCUGGGUUUGAAGAUGUGCAUUGGCUUACUGGAACUGUGGGCCCGUUUGAGUGCCAGGAGAACAUUACUGUUCCGGUUUCGGCUCGGUCCGAGUCGAUAAAUUCGAAUAAUUUGGGUGAAGUUAUGGAACAAGGGGUGGAGGUUAAAUGGAAGGUGAAUGGUGAGGCUUGCAGUCAGUGUAGAGAGUCGAAGGGACGAUGUGGGUUUGAUUUUACGAACAAUCAAACCACUUGCUUUUGCCCCCACCCGCCUUACGUGUCGGCUACCUGCGCAGUGGUGGAUGCCGAAGCCCCAUCAUCGGAAUCAUCACCCGGGCCGGGAUAUAGGUUCUGAAGCUCUGCUCUGAUACCAAGAAGAGAAUAGGGAAGAGGAGGAAUUCAUGAGAAAAGAAAUCAAAUUGAAGAAGAAGAAGAAGAUGAACAGAAUUGUUGUUCAGUUUCUCUCCAAAAAUGAAAGGUACAACGACUGCUACUAUUUAUAUGGUAUAUAUGUAUUGAUAAGUGCUCUACUAUAUGUUAUAAGCGUAGGAACAAAACAACUAACAAAUCAACCAAGUAACUAACAAUAACAAAACAGGCAAGUAUUCUCUACAAGUAGGAUUUCUUCAUAAAUCUGACUCGUGCAAGAAUGGAGUCAUUAGCCAGCCUCACAGAACGGCCCUCUAUAAGAGGAAAAAGAACUACUCAUCCUAGUCGUCUUUGUGGAGUCAUUACCUUCUUAC